CAAGAGGCGCCCAAUCCAUAGCCAUUUUGGCUCAAGCCACCAGGGCUUAAAAAACUAUUUCUAGCUCCUCCCCACUGCCGAACGAAACCAGCGCCAGGGCCACUCUCCCUUCCUCGGCGGCCUCGGGCGCAUAUGCGGCAAGCGCUGCGCGGGCCGCUCCUAGGCUGUGCUUUUGUCACGGCCGCCGCCAGCGGCCUCUCGGGCGCCACCCGCUCGUCGCUGGGCCUCGCCGGGACGGCGCCAUCAGCGCCAGAGGACCGGGCCGAGGUCCACGCGGAGGCCUGCGCCGCGGGCGGCGCCGCGGGCGCCCGCGCCGCGGGGCCCAGCGGGCCCGGGGCCCCGGCCGAGCGGCGCCGUGGCGAGCGGGGCGGGCACUGCUGGGCACUCUGGGCGCGGGGCGAGGAGCAGUCCAGCCAGGUCGUGAACGCCAGGGACAGCACCGCGGUGGGCCCCUGGGCCACCGACGCUGCCGGCGCGGAGGUCCCGGCCCGGAUGCUCUGCGCGGAGGAGCUCACGCGGCGCGCCCUGCUGUCCCCGAGCUGCGCGGAGGGGGCCUGCGCGUGCACCCAGCUGGGUCGCACCAGUUGCUCGUGUCGUGCGGUCAUGGCCGCGUCGCGGGCGCGGCUCAUGCUGAAGCACGCAGAGUGGCUCGCCGACCACGGCCACGCCAGGGGCGCGGAGGUCCGCUUCCAGGAGGCCAGCCGUGAGGCGGCGGAGCACGGCCAGGCGGCGCUCGUACACAGAGCCUCUGCGCGGUUGGGGCACCUCCUCUCGAGGCGGGGCCGCUUCGCGGAGGCGCUCGAGGCCCUCCUCGAGGCCCAGCGGUUCGGAGACCUCGCCCUGGAGGAGGAGCGCGACCCGGCCACGCCGUGGUUGCUCGGGGUGGCUUGGUUGCAGGCAGCAAGAUGCGGCGCGGCGAAGUGGCAGGAAGCGGAAGAGUGGAUCCUUAGUUUGGGCCCGCUCGCGGCGGACGGGCUCGACGCGCAGCGCCAGAGGCUCCAGGCGGACAUCCGCUUCUGGCGGGUCGCGGAGCUGUCCCCGAGGCGCUGCGUAGACGCUGGCGAUGUCGCGCACGCGCUGAUCUGCUUCGGGAGCCAUUUGUUCUACGCCGUGACGCGAUAGUGGCAGAGGAAGGGGAGCUGGGAGUGUUGGACGGAGGGGCAGGGACGCUCAAUAUCCAGCACAGCGCUGCUCGAGACCAACAGGAGUGUCGAGACAGGAUCCGCUGGCCGCGUGCAUUUGUAGUUUCCGUUCUAUAUAUUGCAUCAGGGAGUGACUUGUCAUUCCUUGCUCAUUUUGAUUUUGCCGUGGACAACCAGGGGGGCUGGGGCUCGGACUUGUUUUGUUGGGGUCCUGGCGGGCUCACGUAGAAUAGUCAUUCGCGGGGCUGUGGGUGCUUCUUUGGGCGCCCAGAGUCUCUUCAUUUUGCCCCAGAGUCUCCUCCUGGUGUCCCAUCCCGCAGACUCGAUGCCUAGGUCAGUUGAUUGCUCGGGUUAGCUUGACUCCGACGACUGGCAUAAUCUGGAGCACUUGCGGCACAUAAUGGGCUUGCAUAGCUUCAGCGUAAAGAUUUGUAGGUUGAGCCCUUCGCGUUCUGGUAAUCUCCAGUGCUCUUCAAGAUCAAUCGUGGGUUCAUACCAGGUUGCUGCGGAACGGCGUGAUCUGACUCCAUGCGGCCCAUGGUGUAUCUGCACUGCCGAGCACGCAAUCCGAAACAAAAAAAGCGGCC